GGUGAAACGUACAAAGCAAGGCACCCUGUUGGUGGACUCCAGACACGUUUACCCCAUGCAGAAGAGAGUGGGGGUGACCAGUCAGCGUAUGAGCCUGUCAACUGGAAAGGCUGACAUCUCUCGAGUGGUGGACUGUUGGAUGACAUUUGAGGAAUAUGAGCAACUUACAAGGACCCACAAGAUCAGGUUCAAGAAGCUGGCGGGCGGUGACACACCCAACGCCUCCGCUGUGGACGACAACGCCUUCUGGCCCGGACAACUGUUGGACAAGAUGCGAAUUUGCAUGUGUCCGGAGGACAAACCCGACACAGAACCACACACGCUCUUCCACAACACCCGGCACAAGCCUCCAUCCAACUGGGGAUACGAUAACAAUGACAGGACAUGGCCCAUCAGUGAUAGUGGCUACGUCCAGUAUGGACAUAUUGAGAGAGACAAGGAGAUUCGGGGUUAUAAUUUGUAGGGCGGAAACAAGACAAUUUUGCAGAUGGCUAUUUAUUGAACACGUGUACAUAUGAAAGCAAGGCUUUCUUUUACUGUAUCUGUGACAGUGAGUGGGCCAUGUGGACAGAUGUUGCUCACCGACAGGAAAGGAGUAGAAUUCAAAAUUUUAUUUUGGCACAUCCCGAUAAAAAAUCAGUUCAAACAGUUCUUAGUAGGUCUUUGCCUAAACAGAAAUUAACUUGUCUUCCAUUUGGAAUUUCAGUAUAUGACAAGAAGUAUUUUUUACUAUAUAUAAAGUUACCACAAUUUAAGAUCAAAGAAAACUUUUAUAGCUUAUUGACACAAUAUGCAAGAUGAACUGUAUAUAUGACGACUACUUUCAUUUUGCUAUCUACAGUUU